ACAUUGUGUAGACUCUUACCGACACUUCAGAGCAGAGAUGAAAUCGAUCUUUUUUAUUUUCCUGCUGGCGGUGGGUUGUGGUGUAACUGUAGGUCUGAUAAGAGAAUAUAUUUUCAAAAGCACUUUAUUAGAUUGGCUUCAUGCUCAGUCAUAUUGCAGAAAAAAUUACAGAGAUCUGGCUACUGUCACCUCUUUGGUUGAAAACAAACUACUUUUACAAUCAGGAAGCUCUGCUUAUGGAAGUUGGAUUGGGCUGUACAGGAAUUCAAGCAUCUGGACGUGGUCUGAUGGAGAACCACUUACUUUCCCAAACUGGUUUGGUUAUUUAAGUUUUCUUGGAAUAUUCCAGUAUGAUUGUGUUGUCACAUCAUCUAACUAUGGAUUUGUUCCAAACUACAACUGUGCUAAUAAAAGGAGUUUUUAUUGCUAUCGGUUCCUGAUCCUGGUAAAGGAGAAGAAGACCUGGGAAGAGGCUCAGGAGUUCUGCAGGACUAAUUACACUGGUUUGGUCUCUGUGACCUCUGAGUCGAGCCUGCAGCAGCUGAUAAAUGGGACGGUGGAGAUGGAGACAGAGAGCGUGUGGACCGGCCUGCGCUUCGUGAAUGGAAAAUGGUUCUGGGUGAGCGGGGAGCAGCUGGGGAGCCUGGUCUCAAUGCCUUCAUGUCCAGUUCAAUCUUACAGUUGUGGAGCUCUCAACACCAUGACAAACACCUUGAACAACCAGAACUGCAACGAGAGGCUGAACUUCAUCUGCUACUGGAAGUGAUUUUACACAAGUACACAUCUCCCUCAGGAAGAUUAUACUGUAUACUACAUCACACAAAAUAAUCAUCUAUUAUUUAAUAUUUUUUUUGAUUUCUUUACUAAUAAUUAAAUGGGUUUUAAAUUCUAC